CGAGGCUUCUAAGCUCGAUGACAAAACGGCACAGAACAAGGCAAAGAGAAGACGAUACUAAAUUGAAAAUAUGAAUUCACUUAUCCGGUGGUGCCAAUUACGCACAGGGGAUACGCUGAACGUUUCAGCAAGAUAAAUCGCAACAAAAGCUCUUCUUUCAGUCUAAAGACCCGUGGACCUUCUGUCACUAAUGACUGUCACGUACACGGCCAGAGUAGCAAACGCUCGAUUCUGUGGCUUCUCCAAGCUGCUCUGGGCCUGGAAAGGGAGCAUCUACAAGGUGUUAUAUAAAGAAUUCCUGGCUUUCUUUGCCAUGUACACCGCCAUCAGUAUCACUUACAGAUUUUUCCUGUAUGAUGACCAGAAAAGGUAUUUUGAAAAGCUGGCAAUUUACUGCAAUCACUAUGCCAGUCUCAUCCCCAUGUCUUUUGUACUGGGUUUCUAUGUGACCCUGGUGGUGAACAGGUGGUGGAACCAGUACACCAGCAUCCCACUCCCUGACAGGCUCAUGUGCGUCCUAUCAGGCGGCCUCCAGGGAAGCGAUGAGCGAGGCCGUCUGCUGAGACGCACCAUGAUGCGCUACGCCAGCCUGUCGGCCCUGCUCAUCCUCCGCUCUGUCAGCACUGCUGUCUUUAAACGUUUCCCCACCAUGGACCAUGUGGUGGAGGCUGGAUUCAUGACAAGAGAUGAGCGAAAGAAGUUUGAAGGCCUCCAUUCGCCGUAUAACAAAUACUGGAUCCCCUGUGUCUGGUUCACCAACUUGGCUGCUGUGGCUCGCUGUGAGGGCAGAAUCAAAGAUGAUCACACUCUCAAACUACUGCUGGAGGAGCUGAAUGCGUUCAGAGGGAAGUGCAGCAUGUUGUUUCAUUAUGACAUGAUCAGUGUUCCCCUGGUGUACACUCAGGUGGUGACUUUGGCAGUGUACAGUUUUUUCCUGGUAUGUCUAAUUGGUCGCCAGUUCCUGGACCCCAGUCAAGGAUAUCCGGGUCAUGACCUUGAUCUCUAUGUGCCCAUCUUCACCCUGCUGCAGUUCUUCUUUUAUGCAGGCUGGCUCAAGGUCGCAGAGCAGCUGAUCAACCCCUUUGGAGAAGAUGAUGAUGACUUUGAGACCAACUGGCUGAUAGACAGAAACUUCCAGGUGUCCAUGAUGGCUGUGGAUGAGAUGUAUGGAGAUCUGCCGAUGAUGGAGAGAGACCGUUACUGGAACGACUCCAAUCCCAGACCACCUUACACCGCAGCCACUCUCUUUGUCCUGCGUAAACCUUCGUUCCAGGGGUCUACUUUUGACAUGGCGAUUCCUAAAGAAGAGAUGCACUUCCAGCCUCUGGAGGAUAUUGCUGAGAACUUGGAGGAGUCCGGCACUCGUCAUCCUAACAUGGCACUCUUCAACCGCCUCCUCAAUGCAGCCCCGUCCCCAACUGGCCUAAUGGGAGGGGCUCUUCGACGCACAUCAGCACAGCUCCAGAGGCUGCGCCACUCUCCCGGUAUUGACCAGUAUAACAGCGACGAUGAAGACGAGGACAGUUGUAAAAUAGGUAAAGGGGGUUCUCUGCCAUCGGGGCUCGGGCAGGAGACACAGAGCACUGUGUGCAGUUUUAGGGAAGAGAAGAGUGUCAGAACGCCUCUUCUGGAGAUUCAGUUUGGGGCAGAGCAGGACAGGCGAAGAAAGCAAGCUGCUGUCAGUGAGAGGAAUGAGCUGAGCAGAGUGGAGUGCAGGAGCAAUGAAGAACAGCAGACAGGGGAAGAAGGGAAAGCAGAGAACGGGGAGACAUCCAGUGCUCCGGUGUCUCUGCUUCCUCCCCCGCCUAAGUCCUUCAGAGGGACUUCUACUCGACCUUCCUCCACCAUUCCCAUCACAUCCCAUCACCCGUCUGCGUUCCUGUUUCACCCAGCUGCCCACUCUAGUCUGGAGCUCUGCAGCUCCCAGCCAGCCAUCAGUCACAACAGGGCUUUGUCUGCAAUCCCCAAACCUCCCUUUGGAGAAAACAAAAUGUCCUUCCUCACUGUGCCGUCCUUCGAUGAACCUCAGCGUUUUCGCAGUGUGAGCAUGGGGUCAGAGCUCACAGGGUCGUAGGUGGACAAUUGGUGGGGUCACAUGAACUUGUGAUGGUUUGAAAAUACAAGGUUUGAUCCAGUGCAUGCUUUCAGAAGUGGAAUUAGUCACUGAAGUGGAACUUUCAAUCUUACUAGUUAGUAGCACAUUUAUGGCCACAGUUUUUGGAAAUUAGUUUAGUACAUAAAACACUCCCUGAUUUUGUCAUGCAAACCACUACUGAAGUUUGCCAUUCAACAAUAAUCUGUAAUGAAUAUCAAAAAUCAAAAGGAGGCAAGGGAAAGGAAACAUAGCACUAAUGGUAUUUUUUAAAGGAAUACACUGAUGUUUGGAAUAUCUAUAUUUUUACUGAAUGUCUGAGAUAUCAUCAACUUUGUAAUCAAUUUUGAUUACAUAUUUAAAUUAUAACGUAUUAGCAUGGGCACCGAAAGCAGGUGGAAACUCGCUUUUUUUUUUUUAAGGGAAGCGCUCAAAGUAAUUUGCAUGUUGCAUCUUGGUAGCUAGUGUGAGACACCAGAUUUGAAUUCAGAGUUAUAGAAGGUAAGACUUAUAGUAACCAAAGUUUAUUCUGAAAAGAAAGCGUAAUGCAUGGGGGACACAGUUUUCUAUGUUCAGUUUAUUCAUCCUGAUUAUUUAAAAAAAAGGAAAUAUAUGUAUAUCGAUGUAUUAUUGUUUUCAUUUUCUACUACUUCAUUUAAACAAAUAUUGACUUACGUUAAUGAGCACAGCCCUGUAACACCUAAACAUACAUUUAUACAUUUGAUACACUGUUUCAGCACAUUAUCAGAUGAUUAUUUAAAAAAAUAUUUAUAGUUUCAAUAUAGUU